UAAACAGAAUGGGUGAACUAACAGACCCCUGCGGUGCUCCCGUAUUAGUGAUUUUCACCUCAGAACAACAAUUAUUAACCCUUACUUGUUGUGUACGAUUGGUUAAAAAUUAAUAAAAACCAUUUGAUACAAAAGGGGUUCACUUUCAAUUCUGUCAGCUAUUGAUAUAGUGUAGGAAGUGUCAACCGUCAACAUUUAUUUAUUUAUUCGUUUAUUUGUAGCUUUUUUAAUUAUAAUAUUUAGUUAUCUUUAACUUAAACAUCAAUCCCUGUGCAUAUGUGGUCGUGAACUGUAGCGGCUCGUGUCUUUCCUGCUGUGACGUCAUUUAAGGAGAGCGCGAGCUCACCUGAGCUCUCACCUUUCCAAUGCACGCGCUGCUUUUAACUGUGGACAAAUCUGUGAAUCCCAUUUUCUCUCACUUGCGACGUGCGGGGAACAUUCACAGAAUGAGUUUCAAUAAAUAAACCUGUGCUGAAGUUCAAGGGACGACUAAUACAAAUCUCAUAAAACAAGAGGUGUUUCAGAUAGAUGUGAAAUUGCUCAUAUCAGCUGCUCCAUGGAGACCACAAGUAGUUCCAUGAAUCUUACUUUCUCCAUUGAGGACAAAAAUGGAAAUAACAUCACCUGCCCCAGUGAGCAUUCCCCCGAUUCACUAAGGGGCUCUAGCAGUUUGAGUUGUGGCGGUUCAGACAGUCCUCUUGAUGUAGAAAUGGAGGACUGUAUCACUUGCCCAACAAAAGACGAGACUUCUUCCUCAGAGGUAGUGAAAUCAAGCAGUGCAAUUGCUGUAGACUUUGUCAAAUCAAACAUCGACAACUGGAAUGAGAAUAUGGCUCUCUUGAUGAUAGUGGACACAAAAAACACUGAAUGCAAUGGCAGUGACAGAAGCUCGGAAACCUCCCCUGACUGUGGAGAGCGAGAGCUGUCUGAGGUGGACUACUGCGAGCCAUCACGCCGUGGAUCCAAUGAGAACUGCUGCUCUGUGAGCUCAGGUGAGAUGGUCAUGAGGAGUAGCAGCUUUGUCUUGCACGAGAAUGACCAGCCACUUAGCAUCUCACUAAUCGGGGAGUCCAGAACCUCCUUGGAUAUAUCUUCAGAUCUCGGCGUCGUAUCGGGGAUGUUACCUGAUGUGUGUGAAGGCUUAGCCGAGGUGCCACAAGGAGUGCCCAAGAAUCAGGGCCUGGAGUGUACCUACAUCCAAGCCAACAAUCAGACCUUUCUCAUAGAUGAAAAGUCGUUGAGCAAUGAGAAACUUGAAUGUGUAACACCUGUUCAUUAUCACAAAUCCAAUGUGCAAAAGUUGGUAUGCAACAGCGGCGGAUCAAAUCCGUCAACACCAAUGGAGGGAAAAACUGUGCUUAUUACUGCUUCUGAGGAUUUAGACAUUAGUGGCAAUGCUCAGACAUCAACUCCAGUGCAGUCUGUGAGUAACAAGACAUUUUGCCUCCCAUCUUUAUCUGAGUCACCUCUGAAUAAAGAUGAAGGUGAUUCAGUGAGUCCAAUGGCUCAAUUUAUUAGUCAGGAGCAAGGCGCUGCCUCUCAAAAGUCCAAAACACCACUGAUGUCCGCAAGUAAAAGCAAAAAAAUAGAUAUAAAUCGGUUUCCGAAGCCUAACUUCAGUAAUAUAAAGUCUAAAAUUAUGUCACGCGCCACCAACCCCUUUAAGACAUCAAGUGCACCAGUUCAAAAGACUUCACCAAACUCUGUCCCUCAAACUAAUGAACGCCAGACUACGGACCAGCAUAAGUCAUUUCCUAACAAAUCUACUUCUGCUGCAAUAACCAGCACAUCUGCCACACCAGCUCAAAAUGUAAAGAGCUAUAAUGCAGCUAAAAGAAGUCACUCAUCUACUUGCCAAGAAAGAGGUCCAGCCUCGAAAUCUCGACCUCGUCGAUGGUCUGAAAGCGCGACCUCUUCCAAAACAAGUAAAGAUGGAACACAAGAGAAGAAUUCACAGGUCAACAGAGUUUUGAACAACCUCGCCACACCACAAAAAAACACUAAAGGAGGUGCAAAGACCAAACCUGCAGAAACCGAGUCAAAUAGAGAGGUCAUGCGGGGGAAUGAGUCUCUGAAGAUUCGUGGGAAGAAUCAGAAAGUCAGUCUGUUGGCGGUGUCUGCCAGGCCAGCAGCAGCAGCAUGUGAGUGGAGUAGAAGCAGGCUUGGCUCCCAGCCAUCCCCAGCCAGGACAGGAGGCGCCUCUGCUGCUCACGUUCCAGCUGCAAACUUACGACCACCGCUUUCAGCCUCUAAGCUCAAACCUGGUACAGUGGGAAAAGAUGGCAGCAGUACCUCUGACAUGCCUUCACCCAGGAGCAAACUGAGCACGUCUGAUGUUAAGCUUAAAAUCCAUUUAACUGAAGGUGCAAGUGCAGUUUCAGGAUCCAAGUCCAGAUCUGCUCUGUUCACAGCUCCAGCAUCAGCCUCCAAACUGCCUGUGAAAUCCAGAUUACAGACCAAGAGCUCCAGCACUUCUCAGACAAAUGGACAUCCAAAGCAAGACCAUGCUGAGCCCCCUGUAGGAACCUUGAGUAAACCUCCUCCUAACAAGACCACAUUGUCAAGGACCAAGCUGCAAUAUCCACCUACCAGGAGUGUAUCAUCAGGAACAGGAUGCAAAAACACAUCUUCAUCAGGUUCAGCAAGGUCUUCAAGCAGUCCUCUGAAAACCCCUACCACAGCCCGACCCAUGAGACCUGCUGCGACUCCAACAGUUGACAAGAACAAGUCAAGGACGAGUUCCCGAAACCAGCAGCCCCCGACAAAUGGGCAACCAGAUCUGGUACCGCCAGAGAGCAAGUCCAGAAAUGUGGAGUACUACAAAGCUCUGUGUGAGAAGAAGAACCAGACCAUUCAACAGCUGGAAAACACGCUCCGAUCCAACAACCGCAGGUUCGAGGCAGUUGCUGUGGUCAUAAAGCAUCUAUGUGCUGGGCAUGAGGAGAUGAUGAAGCAGCGCAGGGAGCUGUCUCAGGAGCUGGUCACCUUGCAUGAGGAGCUGGUGAGCUCGACUCACUCCUGUGAGCGUCUGGAGCAGGAGAAGGAGGAGCUGCGUGCAGCUUUUGAUGGAGUUCUACAGAAGGUCCAGGAGCAGCACCGCUCAGACCUCGCUGACCUCGAGGAGAGACUGAAGACCUUCUACUCCACUGAGUGGGAGAAGGUCCAUCAGACCUACCAGGAGAAGGCUGACAAGUGCAAAGCUCAGCUGGAGCAGCAGCUAAAAGAGUUGCGAGAAAAACAUGAGGCUUUGAAGAAGAAACUGGAAGUCAGCCAUAUGGAGGAGGUGGAUGGCCUUAAACUACAGUUUGAAGAGACUUUCAAAGAACUGAGACAGUCCCAUGAAAAGGAAAUGCAGACUCUCAAUGCAACACUGAAGGAAUCAGAGGACACAUUAUCUAAUCGAAUUCAGAAGCUCAUGACGGAGAAUAACAACCUCAAAGAAAAGCUGGAUGCUGAGGUGAAGAGAAGGAUGGAUCUGGCUGAGAAAACACAGGACUCCCAUACUCUUUAUCUGGAGCAGGAGCUUGAAAGCCUUAAAGCAGUGCUGGACAUCAAAAACAAACAGAUCCAUGAACAGGACAAGAAACUCAUGCAGAUAGACAAACUGAUGGAGAGGAAUGUGAAGCUGGAUGAAUGUCUUAAGAAACUGCAACAGGAAAACGAGGACCUUAAAGCCAGAAUGGACAAACAUGCUGCUUUAUCAAGAGGACUGACAUUAGAAUCCACGACUGGGGCCUUUAUCAACUUUUCCACCAGACGCCUUUAAGUGUACCUGUAUAUACCCAGAUCUAUCUUUGCUCUGGGACGAAUGCCCAAAUGCCAGCUGGUCCGUGGACAUUUCCCAGAUGCUGCUGCUCGUGUAGCGUUUGGUUUCCCUUUAUUUUAUGCAAGACCUCAGACCCCAGAUUAACUUUUCUAAAGAGGCACUUCAUAGAUCAACUCAUGCCAUAAACUGACUGUUACUAUUUACUCAAAUGGAAAUAUUCACUGAUCUCAACCAUGUGUUCUCAAAACCUUAUGCAACAUUUUUUUCGUUUAUAUCAUGCCUUUAUUUUUUUUUAAAUCACACAUUACGAACUGCAAAAAGGUGAGCUUUACCCAGAUCAUGAUGCAUGUUUCAUCACAGAUACGCUCUCCAUAUUACUCUCAUAUGCAUAGGAGAGAUGCAAUACAGUGAUUGAUGCAGAAUUAAUUCUUAAUGGUUGAUUAAAAGUCUUGAAUGCUUUGAUUAAUGCCUGUUUAAGGGUUUAAUUAUCCCUUUUCCUCAUUUCUUGGCAAUCAGAGAUUCAAUGGUAUAAUGUGCUUGAUAUGGAAAUGGCAUGUCAUUGGGCAGCCCUGUGACUGAAGGCAUACACUACUGGGAAUCUGAAAUUUUGUAUGACUUUCUUGAAUACGGGUUUUGUAUAUUAUUCAGUAUGAUUGAGCCCUAGGGACAGAUUUGAGGGACAGAUUUGUUUGUCCUUGUUUCUAUAUUUAUGUCUGAUCAUGAGACCAGUGUAAUGACGAGCAUGUUUCGUGGCCUCAGGAGCUCCCCCUCUGUCUGAAACCCUCCACUGCAGCUUUACAUUCAAGCUAUUUACAAAGAAGUUAAAUGGCAAAAGAAGUCGUUUUUUUCUUUAUGUUGGUAUGUAUUGAUAGGCUGUUUGUGUGGAUGUUGGUGUGAAACUGAAACUCACGGAAAUAUGCAAUCAAUAAAGAAUUAAAUUAAUCUGUUUGUAAUUGUAACCCCAUGUUUAUAACUUGUAAUUGAAGUGAUAGUCCACCUAAAAAUAAAAUCAGUCAUCAACAA